CUCACGGUGCAUGGUCACUCUCUCUGCACGUUCUCUUGCGCUCUCUCUCUCUCUCUCUCUCUCUCAUCAUCUCCCCUAUUAAAGACUCUUCUCUAACCAGUCACACAGAGAGUGAGAAAGACAGAGUCAGAGAGUCUUCUUCUGCAAUAGCUCUAGAGCGAGAGAGAGAAAGGUCAUCAUAAGAAUGGACGUGUAUGGCUUAUCUUCACCAGACUUACUUCGAAUCGACGACCUUCUUGAUUUCUCCAACGAAGACAUCUUCUCCGCCUCUUCUAACUCCGGUGGUUCCACCGCCGCUACUUCCUCUUCUUCUUUCCCUCCUCCUCAAAACCCUAGUUAUCACCACCACCAUCUCCCUUCAUCCGCCGAUCAUCACUCCUUCCUCCACGACAUUUGCGUUCCCAGUGACGACGCAGCUCACCUCGAAUGGCUCUCGCAGUUCGUCGACGACUCUUUCGCUGAUUUCCCGGCGAAUCCAUUAGGAGGAACCAUGACUUCAGUCAAAACCGAGACUUCGUUUCCAGGGAAACCAAGAAGCAAACGAUCAAGAGCUCCAGCUCCUUUCGCCGGAACAUGGUCACCGAUGCCACAGGAAUCCGAACAGCAGCAGCUUCACAACGCCGCAAAAUUCAAGCCGAAGAAAGAACAAUCCAGCGGAGGAGGAGGAAGACACCCGUCGUCGUCAUCGGAGUCAGGGGAAGGAUCAGGAGGGAUGAGGAGAUGUACUCACUGUGCAUCAGAGAAGACGCCACAAUGGAGGACAGGACCACUCGGACCUAAAACGCUAUGUAACGCUUGUGGAGUCCGGUUUAAAUCCGGUAGACUUGUACCGGAAUAUAGACCGGCUUCUAGUCCUACUUUUGUUUUGACUCAGCAUUCAAACUCUCACCGGAAAGUUAUGGAGCUUCGACGGCAGAAAGAAGUUAUGAGACAACCACAACAAGUUCAACUUCACCACCAUCAUCACCAUCCGUUUUAGUAAUCAUCACUUCACUUCCCCUCGUCGUUACUUUUUUCUUUUUCCGGAGGUUUUUUUUUUUUCUUUCUUUUUUGGUUCUUGGGGUUGGGUUUUUGGGAUAGUGUCACGUGAUGAUGACGUGUCGCGAUCGUAGCGGCGUUAAUCACGUGACCGACGACGAUGGGAGCCUAAAAAUUCUUUAGUGUUUUACAAAUCGAACGUUGCAAAAUCAACCUCAUUUAAUUGUUAAUUACUACUAUAAUUUUUAUA